AUGAAGAAGGAGGAGGUGGUGAUGGAGGAGGAGGAGGAGGAGAGGAAGAUGGUGGAGGAGGAUGAGAAGGUGGUGAAGGGGGAGGAGGUGGUGAUGGAGGAGGAGGGGGAGGAGGACGGGGAGAAGGAGGUGGUGAAGGAGGAGAUGGUGGAGGAGGCGGAGGAGAAGAAAAAAAAGGAGGAGGAGGAGGUGGAGAAGGAGGAGGAGGAGAAGGAGGAGGAGGAGGAGGUGGCGGUGGUGAUGGUGGUGGUGGUGGAGGAGGAGAAAUUUUCUGAUCGACUUCGAGUCAGAUGUUCCCCCCUCCCCACUUCACCCCCACCAAAAUAUUGA